UCCAAUCACGCGGGAACUCCGGGGAUCCCACACGAGAACGGGAAUAACCCUUUUCGAAAACGAGGCAAAAGGGAAAUCCAGAAAAAAUGGCGCUGACCGAUGAGUUAACAAGGCAGCAGGGCGGCGAGAUACUUAUUUACUGCGAGUUUAAAAGAGCAUUGUCAUUGUUAAAUACCUCGAUAAUAAGCGACAGACUCACCAAUAAAUUUGAGAAUAAUGUGACGAUAAUUGUGGAGGAGAAUUUGAUAACUAUACGAGAAAAAGGAAAAGUGCUGUGUUGUGACUUUGUUGAGGCUAAGUUGUCUCCCCUGACAUGCAGGGGUCUGAAAUACUUCCCAAAUGGCGAACUUCAGUUUACAAUAUAUGUGGACAGUGAGGUGAAUCAGGAAAUGUACCACAUGGACACAAAUCACUCAAAACAGUCGGACUUUGUAGAGAAAAUCCAGCUGUAUCAAGACAAGUGCUACUGUGCAAAGUGUGGCCAGAAGAUUUUUGCAGACCACUGUAUCUUCAUGAGAGUGUUGGCUCUGCCAUCAGAGAACUGGGCUGACUACAGCGACAUGUGGUUCUGUCACAAUCACGAAGGCGAGGAGAAUAAUGUGACACCCCAUCAAGGCAAACUCUUACUGCCCAAGGAGAAACAGUGUCUGGUUGGCGACACCUACUUAUUGGUGCAGGGGCGUCACCUGAAGCCCGGUCAUACACGAACCACCGGAGACGCCCUUCACUGUCAGCGCUGUGGUAACCAGCUGGGUGGUAAAAUCCAUGAAGGAUCAGGACAUGGAGAGGUUGGGCUGUGUCGGACAUAUCCCGUAUAUAAGAUUUUCAGACACAGUGUACUGUUUCACAGACUGGAAGAAACUAUUGACAGAGGUCCCAAGUUUGAAGUGAUGACAGAGGACUACUUUGCUAACUUGAUCGUAGAGCAGAGUCAUCUGUACACAAGUUUCCGCCUGGUCAUUGAGGCGAACAAGGGAGAACACACUGUAACAUGUCUGGUUUGGCUAAUCGACCCAUGUCUGAUGGUAUACAUAGACCGCUGUUCAUUAGACGAGUCUCGUAUUCAGCUCCGACCGACAAAAGUGCUGAAAAUGUUAUACAAGUGUCAGAUUCAGCCGGGAGGUUGCCCACCAAGCCCUGACCAUACAUUUUCAUCCUGGAAAACUGACCAAGCUGUCCACAGCAUCCAGCUGCCGUACCCAAUGUGUGUCCAGCUAGUGUCAUUACUGGUUCAAAGUUCAAAAUGUGUACCUCGAUCACAGAGGUUCCUCAACAAGUUCUUUGUUGGUUUCUUGAGGUAUGCAGACAAAGGAGGGUAAAGCUGUUGGUGACCAAGGGGAAUAACCCUGUUGUUGAUAAAGGGAGAUAACUCUGUAAAUAGCACGGCUAAUGACAAGGAGAAUGAACUCCAAUGGUGAUUGAAAAACAAUGAGUUACUCUGCAAACCAAUCACACAAUGUAUAUCAGCACAUUAUUGUUUUGCACUGCCUUUUUUACUGUGUAAUUCCAUGGUAAAAUGUAUUAUGACAUUACAAAAAAAUCAUUUUUUUGUCCAAAUUUCCUCACCAUUACAGUGAUGGUUGGAAAAAAAAUCAAAAACCAUAAUUUAAUAAUUUUAUAUUGAGUUUAAAAAACUCAGAUUGAUAAGUUGUGUCAAAUAAUUUUUAAUGAUAGUUGUUCUUAUUAUCAUAUCUACCAAGUUAGGCCUAAGAAAUAUGAUUUUUUACCUCUUAUGCAUCACUAUGUUUUUUCUGCUGAUAUGGACUCUAGUUUUUAUAAAGAACAUGUAACCGUCAUUCACUAAAUUACCUGUUUGUUUUAUUAAUUGUAUAUUGCAUAUUCUAUUAAUAUGUACUGUUAGUACACAUUUUUGUACUCUAAUAAUAAUUUGAGUGUGUUUCUUAUUUUCAACAUAAUGACAAAAUGAUAAAUCAGAGCUUCCAUAUUUUUUUUAUAUUACCAAUAUUUUAUUCCCCCAGCUGGAAAAAUUAUACAAUUCAGAGGACCUGGGUUCGAGUCCAAGUCUGGUUUUGCAUUUUCCCUCUCCUGUGAGAGGUAUGAUUCUAUCAAUUAGGGUUGAAAUAUGUUAAGAUAAGAGUUGUUCGGUGAGUUUAUGACAAUUUACGUAUUAUACGGUUUGGAAUUGAAAUGUUAAACAAUUAUUCAACAACCACCAAAUCAAAAUGUAAUAAAUUAUUUUCAAAGUUAAUUUUUUUCAGGAUAAUAUCUGUAAGAUUGAAAUUACUUGAUGAUGAUUCAAGAGAUAUAAUAAAGGGAAUAACUCCAGUUGUCAGAAAAUAAGGGGGGAUAACUCUUUUACAGUUGGAUCAGCUUAUGGUAUUAACCUGGUAACAAAAUUUGAAGUUUAUUCGAUUUGUCAGUUGCUUGAAAAAGUACUGUGGGAUGAUAGUAAAUGUAUGUAUUUGCAAACUGUUAAGAAUUUUAAUACUCUGAGGCUCUCAAAUCUAUAUAUAUUUUAUUAUAAUUUAACUUGUUAGAAAUUAAUUUGAUAAUAAUUAAUUAAGGUAUUCUGUGGACAUUGUGUCACCCUGGCUAACUACGAGCUGAUCCUAACAACUUGGAUAGUGAGAUCAUCUGUUUAUAGCAAUAGGUAGAUUGUUGGAUUAAAGAACCCAAGGUUCUAGGCUCGAUUCCUGGAGAACAUGGGUUAGAAAGUCGGCUAGAGGUCCGCGGUUUGAUCCCGUUAGAACAUUGGACUGUAAAUCCAGGAGUCUGUGGUUUGAUUCCUAAUGGAGGCAUUGAAAUAUCAAUGACCACAGUUACAUUACGAUCCAUUUAGGGCAGGACAUGAAUAUGUGUAUGUAAUGUUACAGGAAAGCUCUUGUAUAGAAAUAUAUCGAAAGCGUGACCAAGGUUGUGACGUAAAGGGUUAUUAGCCAUAUCAGUUUCAUUUCACACGUGUAGUUUUAAAAAGGAACAAAAUUUUUACCUACCUCCUUUCGUUUGAUGAAACUGAAAAUACAAUUGUUUGUUUGUUUGUUUAUGCAUAAUUGUAAUCGCUGAUGCUGUCACUUUUAUCUUUGUUUCUGUCGAGUGUUGUUACUGUUUCCUGUCAUUAAUGAAUCGUGGGCAUUAUACCGUUAUGUUAAAGUUAUGAAGAACAGUCUCAACUGCUUUUUGUUGUUUUAUUUAGCCAAGUAUAACACUUCUAUGCAAUAAUCUUAAUAAAAAGAUUUGACACAAA